AUGCUACCACUUUGGAAAUCCUCAUUACGAAUUUCUUCGAAAUCAAAUUUAAUAAGAAACUCUUUAUCGUUCAGAAGAUAUUUAAAUAUUAAAACAUUAUCAACACCAAAUGAAAAUGCAUUAAAAUUUGUUUCUGUCGAUGGUGAAUUACUACAACCAUUAGGCUCUGAAUCUAUUGAAAUUAAAAAUACUGAUUCAAAGUUAAUUAGUAACGUUCCAUUAGCCGAUAGAAUCUUCAAGUUAUGUAAAGGUGUGGAUUCAUUAAUGAUAGGUGAUAAUUUUUUGACUAUUAAUAAAGAUGAAUUUAUUAAUUGGCAAAUGAUUUCUCCCAUCGUAAUUGAUUUAAUGAUAAAACAUUUGGCUUCUGGUCAUGAUACAAUUAAAGAGGAAUUCCAUGCGAUUAAAGAAUUUGAUGGUUCAAAUUCUCAAGGUUAUGAAUUAAAUAUACCCAAAUUUGAAUUGACUGAAGAUGAUGAAGAAGUUUCAGAAAUGAUUGAUGAAUUAAUUAAGACAAGAAUUAGACCAGCAAUUCAAGAUGAUGGUGGUGAUAUUCAAUAUAGAGCAUACGACCCAAAUACAGGUACAGUGUAUUUGAAACUACAAGGUGCUUGUAAAUCAUGUUCGUCAAGUGAAGACACUUUGAAAUACGGUAUUGAAUCGAUGUUGAAACAUUACGUUGAAGAAGUUCAAAACGUUGUUCAAAUGAUGGAUCCUGAAGAAGAAAUUGCUUUGAAGGAGUUUGAAAAGUUGGAACAAAAACUAAGUGGAAAGUGUACAUAG